AUAAGUAAAUAAGACUGGUAAUGUGACCAAGACAAGACCAAAAUGUGAAUCCUAAUUACAAAACCAAAUCUUCUAAUUGAUCAAGUAAACCAGGAAAAAACACUAAACCGGAAUCAGGUAAAAAGGUUACGUCACCGUAUCUUUCUUCCCAUAUUAGCCAACAAAAAUCUUAAAAACCCCAAAAGUGUAAAGCAAUCUCUCUUCUCUCUAUCAUUCUUUCUUCUAGAUAAUAAUGAGUGAGUCUAAUCGGGUACCCAAGUCCAUGACCCGACCCGUCGGAGGAACCGAAUACAGCUGGUGCAGAGCGAUUGAUGGCGGCACAGGCAUCGCCGUCAUAGCUCUCUUACUUUCCCGAACACCAAAACUCCAAAAUCUUCAAAACACCCUCGACAAACUCCAGAUUUACCAUCCUACCCUCCGUUCCACCCUCCGUUACGACGCAUCCGCCAACUCCUUCUCCUUCUUCGUCGCCGACGAUUCCCGCGUCGUAAUCCAUCCCUUCGAUUCCCAAUCCACGGCUCAGAUCAUCCGAGACAGCGACGAUCCACGCGCUGAUCCACACAGGAUCAUCCUAGAACACGAGCUUAACAAAAACACGUGGAUCGAUCCACACAGUUGGAUCAACUCCGAGUCCGCCGUGUUCAUCGUCAGCCUCUACAAUCUGACCGACGACGGAGAGCAACGGGUACUCACAUUUCGGUUAAACACGGGGGCGUGCGAUCGAACUGCUGCUGUUACGCUCCUGAGAGAGUUUAUGAAAGAGACGGCGGCCGAUGGUUGCGGAAACGGUCCAGUGGCGGCGGAGGAGGGGUUGGGUAAGGCGAUAGAGGAGCUGAUCCCGAGUGGGAAAGGGAAUAAACCGUUCUGGGCGCGUGGGAUCGACGUGCUUGGUUACUCGCUGAACGCGUUUCGGUUCUCGAAUUUGAAUUUCGUGGACGCCGACGAUUCGAACCGGAGAUCUCAAGUGGUGAGGCUGAGACUGGAAAGAGAUCAGACUCUCAAACUUGUGGCUGGAUGCAAGGCAAGAGGGAUAAAGCUAUGGGCGGCAUUAGCGUCAUCGGGGCUUAUAGCUGCGUAUUCCUCGAAGAAACUACCACCAUACCAAGGAGAGAAGUAUGCCGUCGUGACUCUUUCGGACUGUCGUUCCAUUCUUGAUCCUCCUCUUACUUCAAAUGACUUUGGUUUCUACCAUGCAGGGAUUCUUCACACACACGACAUAACCGGAGAAGAAACGCUAUGGGACCUAGCCAAGAGAUGCUACGACUCAUUCACAUCCGCAAAGAAUUCGAACAAGCACUUCACGGAUAUGUCUGAUCUCAAUUUCUUAAUGUGCAAGGCCAUAGAGAAUCCUAAUCUCACGCCAUCCUCGUCUCUUAGAACCGCUUUCAUCUCCAUAUUCGAAGAUCCUGUCAUCGACGAGUCUCCAGAACCUGAAUUGGCUUCUCUUGGGGUGCAAGACUACAUAGGGUGUGCGUCUAUCCACGGGGUUGGACCAUCUGUUGCGGUUUUCGACGCGCUUAGAGACGGAAAAUUAGACUGUGCGUUUGUGUAUCCUUCGCCGUUGCAUUCGAGAGAGCAAAUGGAUGGACUGAUUCAACAUAUGAAAACUAUUCUUUUGGAAGGAUCAGUUUCUUCCUUUUGAUUCCAUGUUUGACAGUCAAAACUCUCUUUUGUCAGAGGCAUAGACCGUCUCUGUAAAAAAAAGAUAGUCAAAAUAAAUUUACUUCAUAUUCUCCUCA